GCACCGCGACAAGGCAGGACGUCAAACUGCAACUUGAAUGAGUGCUUGUCUCCGUUCAUAGAGCAGGAAUAAAACCGACUAUUUAAACUACAUAUCCGCUUGUUUGCAGGUUUAACAUUUUAAAGUUAACUCGUCUCACCUGAGGGUCAACGUCCGCAGCAAUGGCUCGUAAGGAUUAUGCCGCAGAGAAAGACAAAUUGAAAAGAUUCCUGCAGGAGUUCUACACUGAGGAUGACAAUGGGAAGAAGGUGUUCAAAUAUGGAGCGCAACUUGUGGCGCUGGCCCACAGGGAGCAGGUGUCUCUCUAUGUCGAUCUGGAUGACGUGGCCGAGGAAGACCCAGAGCUUGUCGAAAGCAUCUGCGAGAAUGCAAAACGAUACUCUGGCCUGGUUGCUGACGCCGUCCAUGAGUUGCUGCCAGAAUAUAAAGAAAGAGAUAUCGUGGCCAAGGAUUCUCUGGACGUGUACAUUGAGCACAGGCUGAUGAUGGAACAAAGGGGCCGUGACCCUGCAGACACUAGGGAUUCACGUAAUCAAUACCCACCCGAGCUCAUGAGGAGAUAUGAGAUAUACUUUAAGUCUCCCAGUACAGCUAAGCCUAAAGUGGUGCGUGACGUUCGAGCUGAAAAUAUCGGACAGCUGGUGUCGGUCCGAGGCAUCGUGACCCGGGCCACUGAAGUCAAACCAAUGAUGGCCGUGGCUACGUACACAUGUGACCAGUGCGGUGCGGAGACCUAUCAGCCUAUCCAGUCUCCGACCUUCAUGCCUCUCGUCAUGUGUCCCAGCCAAGAGUGUGUCACCAACAAAUCUGGAGGCCGCCUCUACCUGCAAACCAGAGGCUCCAAAUUUGUGAAAUUCCAGGAGCUCCGCAUUCAGGAACAUAGUGAUCAGGUGCCAGUGGGUAAUAUUCCAAGGAGUAUGUCAGUGUAUGCCCGAGGAGAAAACACACGUCUCGCUCAGCCAGGGGACCAUGUUGCCAUCACAGGAGUCUUCCUUCCACUUCUUCGUACAGGUUUCAGACAGGCAACCCAGGGGCUUCUUUCUGAAACUUACCUGGAGGCUCACAGCAUCACGCUCAUGAACAAGACAGAGGAUGAUGAGCUGGGCAAAGACGAGCUGACUGAAGAGGAGCUACGCAGCAUCACAGACGAAGGAUUUUAUGAAAAACUAGCAGGCUCAAUAGCACCAGAGAUCUUUGGACAUGAAGAUGUAAAGAAGGCACUUCUUCUGCUGCUGGUUGGAGGAGUCGAACAGGCCCCGAAAGGCAUGAAAAUCAGAGGCAACAUAAACAUCUGCCUGAUGGGAGACCCAGGGGUCGCCAAGUCCCAGCUGCUGUCCUACAUUGACCGUCUGGCUCCUCGAAGUCAGUACACAACGGGUCGAGGCUCAUCGGGUGUCGGUUUGACAGCUGCGGUGAUGCGUGACCCCCUCACCGGUGAAAUGACUCUGGAAGGUGGAGCUUUGGUUCUGGCUGACCUGGGCAUCUGCUGCAUCGACGAGUUUGAUAAAAUGGCUGACGCCGACCGCACAGCCAUCCAUGAAGUGAUGGAACAGCAAACCAUCUCCAUUGCUAAGGCUGGCAUCAUGACUUCCCUAAAUGCCCGUUGCUCUAUCCUUGCAGCGGCUAAUCCCGCCUACGGCCGGUACAAUCCCCGGAAGAGCAUUGAGCAGAACAUCCAGCUGCCAGCUGCUCUUCUGUCCCGUUUCGACCUCCUUUGGUUGAUUCAGGACAAACCUGAUGCAGAUGCUGACCUGCGUCUGGCCCAGCACAUCACCUACGUCCACCAGCACUGCCGCCAGCCGCCCACUCAUUUCACCCCUAUUGACAUGAAGCUAAUGAGGCGUUAUAUCUCUCUGUGUAAGACACGACAACCUGUCGUGCCCAAGUCACUGGCAGAUUACCUCACUGCUGCAUAUGUAGAGAUGAGGAAAGAGGCCCGAGUCAGCAAAGACACCACCUUCACGUCUGCUCGUACCCUUCUGUCCAUCCUCCGUCUGUCCACUGCACUGGCUCGCCUUCGCAUGAUGGACACUGUUGAGAAGGAAGACGUCAACGAGGCGAUGAGACUGAUGGAGAUGUCGAAGGAUUCACUACAGGCCGAUAAGUCCAGUAACACCAGGACCCAGCGCCCAGCCGACGUCAUCUUCUCUCUGCUGCGCGAGCUCGCCACGGAGGGCGUCACCGGUCGCGGAGGAGCCGGGGGCGUGGUUCGCAUGUCGGAGGCAGAACAGCGAUGCGUCUCACGUGGCUUCACACCCGCCCAGUUCCAGGAAGCCUUGGAGGAAUACGAGGAACUGAACGUGUGGCAGGUUAACCAAGCCCGCACUCGCAUCACCUUUGUUUGAAGCAGCUGGCGAAGAACGCGUUUAUCUUCAUGCUGUGUUUCAGCUACGUGAGAACUCUAAGGGUAUUUCUACAGACUUGUUUGGGGCUGUUUUUUUUUUUUCCCUCUUUAUUGUGUAACAAGAGUUGAGGAGAACCUGCACACUUUUAAGCGUGAGCAUUUCUGCAAGACUUCCCUCCAUCAAAGGCCCAUAGAUGUGCUUUUAUGUCUAAAAUCCCUGCUCACCAGUAAAAUGCUUGUAAAUAUGUAAGCCAGAAGUUAAUAGUAUAGCACUCGCUGCAGUUUAGCGUUUCUGAUACUGAGCAUUUCUGUACAUUUUAUACUUUGCAAUGCAAAUCCGGCAUGGUAAAUUAACAUUGAGCCUUGUAUUGUGACACAUGGUUAUAAUAAAUUGAUGGUUCAAUCAC